GAACAGAAGGACAGGGACAGAAGGACAUCUCUUCAGGCUGUUUCAGCUCAUUUGAUAAAAACUUGAAAAGAUUCAGUUCUUGGUUGACCCUGAUCAGGAGAAUCAGGAUUUCUGAUCUGCUGACUCAGGUUGUUGUUGUUCUUAUCCAUUUGAAAAAGUCAAACCUGUCAGAGUCUCAUCCUCUCAUCAGCUUUAAAGCAGAAAUAAUAUAAAUAAUGUUCAACGCUGACGUCUUCCAAUCUGUAGGACUCUGGUUUUGGGUGGUUCAGGUUUUGGGCUGGAUUUGGUCUUAAACCUGCCUGAGGUCCACAUAUUGAUCUCCUGGAUGUUUGUGAGAAGAGGAGAACUUGUGGAAUUUCCUCCAUGAGAGAAUUUCCAGCAGCUCGGAGGACUCAGAACAACCGUUGAAUAGAAGGAAGUUCUGCUGGUUGACUUUUUCCUCCCACAAAAGACGCAUUUCCUCUCAGAGCGUCGGCUGGACUCAUCAGAGACUGGGGGACGCUCUGAGAGCAGCAGGGGGACAUGGAGGCUCUGCUGCGGGUUCUGGUUCUGGUUCUGGUUCUGGGAUCAGGCUGUGCCUACACAACAUCCUCCAUCUUUCAUUCGUCUACAAAUAAACCGGCAGAGCUCUCUAGUGUCUUUGAGUCCGUCAGCAGUCCUGCUAGAGCCAGAGCUACUGAUCCAUUACCAGACAGAACCACCCGACACAUCAGAACCUCUAGUUUUCACGAGUCAACAGCUGAUGGUGCUUCUGCCCAUGUGAACGCCACCAAACCUCCAGAUUUACAUCCAGAUGUGUCACCUUUAGUCACAAAGCCAUCAGAUGUAAAUGUGGACCACAUGGUCUCUUCCAAUCCAUCUGGAUCCACCACUGACCAAUCAGAUGUUGCAUCUGAUCCAGCAGGGUCCACGACAAACCAAUCAGGUGUCUCAUCUGGUUUAUUUAAAUCCACCACUGACCAAUCAGGUCUACAUAGGUCCAUUACGGACCAAUUAGCUGGGUCCACCACCAACCAUUUGGGUAUCUCAUCUGGUCCAGCUAGGUCCACCACCGACCAAUCAGAUGCCUUGAUUGUCUCAUCUAGUCCAGAUAGGUCCAAUGCUAAUCAAUCUGGUGUUGCAUCUGAUCCAGCAGGGUCCACGACCAACCAAUCAGGUGUCUCAUCUGGUCUAUAUAGGUCCACCACUGACCAAUCAGGUCUACAUAGGUCCAUUACUGACCAAUCAAAUGUCUUGACCGUCUCAUCUGGUCCAGAUAAGUCCACCACCAACCAAUCAGGUGUCUCAUCUGAUCUAUAUGGGUCCAUUACCGACCAAUCGGCUGGGUCCACCACCGACCAAUCGGAUGUUGCAUCUGAUCCAGCUGGGUUCACCACAAACCAAUCAGGUACGUCAAACAAAUCAAAAGGAGGAGACCUACCCUUCAGGGAUGAAGCCGUAUCAGUGCAGUCAAACGUAUUCAACACGUUGUCUUACCUGAUUGGAAACCAGACAGAGUCCGGCGGAACUAGAACCACGAGGAUGGUUUCCUCAGCAGGGUACCCACAGGUGAACACAGGUGAAACAAAGAACUUUAGAGUCUCGUCUGAGUUCUGGUCUGGGACUGAAUCUGCAGCUACAGAAGGACUUUCUGGUGUUUCUAGGUCAAACGCAUCACAUCGAGCUGCAACAAGGGAGAGUUAUACUUUAGCUCCGCCCACUGAAGUUGACACACCUGAGGAGUCACACCUGAUGUCUGCUGAGACAGAACCUAUUGCUACCCAAACUCCAUCUUCAGCUGCAGGCUCCACCCACCAUUACAAAACUUCUGUGGGUGUGACUGAAGGAGCUGACACACCAGAGACUUCACCUGAGACCACACCUGUACCUGCCAUACCUGGAGCUUCACCUGGCAACACACCUGAAACCACACCUAUUCAAACAAUACACGAAACAUCACCUGAAACCAGACCUAAAACAAUACAUGUACCUGCUACACCUGACAUCACACCUGUACAGACACCACAUGAAAUGUUACCUGAUGGCACACCUGAAAACUUCCCUGGACCUGUCACACCUGGAUCUAACACACCUGAAGCAACACCUGGAUCUACCACACCUGCAGCAACACCUGGAUCUACCACACCUGUUCAAACAACAUAUAAAAUGUCAUCUGAUACCACACCUGGAGCUUCACCUAAAACUACACCUCAAACAUUACCUGUACCUGCAGCACCUGAAGCAUCACCUGGAUCUACCACACCUGAAGCAACACCUGGAUCUACCACACCUGCAGCAACACCUGGAUCUACCACACCUGUUCAAACAAUACGUGAAACAUCACCUGAAACCAGACCUAAAACAAUACAUGUAUCUACUAUACCUGACAUCACACCUGUACAAACACCACAUGAAAAGUUACCUGACAGCACACCUGAAACCUUCCCUGGACCUGUCACAUCUGGAUCUACCACACCUAUUCAAACAACAUAUAAAAUAUCAUCUAACACCACACCUGGAGCUUCACCUAAAACUACACCUCAAACAUUACCUGUACCUGCAGCACCUGAAGUCACACCUGAAGUCACACAUGUACCUGUUGCACCUAAAACAACACCUGGAACUACUACUUAUAAAGCUUUACCUGAAGCCACACCUGGAUCUGGCACACCCAAAACCACACCUGUACCUGCUGCACCUAGAAUUUCACCUGAAACCACACCUGUGCCAACUACACUUAAACCUUUUCCAGAAGGCCCACCUGAACCUUCACCUAAAACUUUACCUGACACCACACCUGGACCCGGCACACCCAAAACCACACCUGUUACAACACCUGUUGCUACAACAACCACAUUGUCUACAACACUGUGGACUACCAGGACCACACCGACACCUGCUGGUACCAGAACAUCAACCAGCACACCUGUCCAGACCUCAGUGUGGUGCUCGGUGGAUCUGAUGGAGGUCUGGUCCGGCUCAGACUCAGUCGUGGUUCGGCUCAUCUCCACCUGUCUGUCACCUGACCUCAACAUCACAGCAGAUCCAGGUGUUGGACCGGACACGGUCCUCUGUGAGCCGGAUGGACAGUCUGGACAUGUCUUCAUCUGUCACAUGACUCAGCUGGACCCGGGAACUCUGUACCAGCUGACGGUGACCUCCAGGAAGUAUGGUGGGAGGAGCCAUGGCUCAGUGCGCACAGACCCAGUUGGUCCAGCACAUCUCGAGGUCCAGUUAGACCAGGAAAGUCCAGCUGCAGCUCCAGGUAAUUCCACUGGUCUGCGUAUAUUUUGGUCCCGUUCUGCUGGACACGUGGACUGGUAUGACGUGUCCCUGGAGGACACCAGCUCUGGAUCAGUCCGCAGUACCAGAAUCAUUGGUUCUGCUGCCCCCCAGUCUGGUUUCAAUCUGCUGGUCCCUGGAACUCUCUACAACAUCAGCAUGGUGGCUUGGUCAGGGAACAGGAGCGCCGCUCCGGUGCACACCAUCACGGUGACAGCUCCCUCUGCCGUGGGCAGCCUGAGGGUGGCGUCCUCGUCCUCAGACAGCCUCAACGUACUCUGGCGGGCCGGGCCGGGCAGGACGGAGAACUUCAGGGUUCUGCUGGUGGACCAGGAUGGGGUUCUUCUGAGGAACAUCACUGUGAAGAACACCACCACCUUUAUCGGGCUGAACGACCUGCAGCCGGGGACUUUGUACACUGUCACCGUGGUAACAGAGGCCGCCAGCCUGCAGAGCUCCACCUCCACUCGAGCCUUCACAGUUCCAGCCGCCGUCUCAGACCUGAUCCUCAACAACGACGGCAGCUCAGAGAGACUCCGGGCCUCCUGGAUCCCACCUGAGGGACAUGUGGAGGGCUACCUGGUCACCCUGUGGGGUCCUGGAUCAACCCCUCAACAACACAGCCUGCCCCACAACGUCACAGAGGCAGUCUUUGAGGGUUUGACCCCUGGAAGCCUCUACCUGCUGUCCGUGACCUCAUUGGCUGGAGGUCAGAGUUCAGAAAGCAGGACAACAGGGAGGACAGUUCCUGACCAGGUGUCGGACCUCUCCGUGUCCAUCGACUACAGCGCUCUCAGGGUCAGCUGGUCGCCCCCCGGAGGCGACUGGGACAACUACAGGGUGCUGCUCUCCGACAGUUUGACCGUUCUGUUGAAUCAAACGGUCAGUAAAACCAGCAGGCGGUUCGAGGCAUCGGUACGUAGCCUCGGUUUGGUCCCGGGACGCCGCUACGCUGUAGAGCUGACUGUGCACAGUGGAGAUCUGAGCAACACGGCUCGCUGCAGCAGCUGGCUCGCGCCGCAGUCAGUGAGUCAGCUGGUCCUCCGUCAGGCUGACGAGACGUCUCUCAGCGUCAGGUGGGGUCAACCUGUGGGACAGUGGGACGGCUUCACAGUGGUCCUCAAAGACAAAAACUCAGACACUCCAGAGGCUCAGAGGAUCCUGAGUUCAGGGGCCAGAGACUGUACCUUCAAAGGCCUGACCUCGGGACGCCGCUACACUGUCACCGUGACGACCAACAGCGGGAACCAGAGCAGCUCCGCCUCCCUGACGGCGUGGACCGCACCAGCUCCAGUCGGUAGGCUGCAGGUCUCCAACCUGGACAGCAGCGACAGCCUGGAGGCGCGGUGGGAGCCGGCGCCCGGGGAUCCGGACUCGUACCAGGUCCUGCUGGUCCACGACAGCAGCGUCAUCAAGAACGAGAGCGUGCAGGUGAACAUCAGCAGCGUCAGGUUCCAGGUCCUGAGGCCAGGAGCUCUAUACAAGGUGGUGGUCACCACAGUCAGAGCUGGACUCACCUCCAGGCAGGCUGUAGCUGAAGGGCGCACAGUGCCAGCGGCGGUCACGGAUGUUCGGGUCAGUAACAAUGGUCGAACGGACUUUCUCACCGUGUCCUGGAACCAGGCUGCGGGGGAGGUGGACAGCUACCUGGUGACCCUGAGAGAUCACGACAGGACGCUUCACUCCGUGGUUGUGUCUAAGUCCAACCCUGGCUGCGUCUUCAACUCUCUGGUGUCUGGACGUCUCUACAACAUCUCCAUCAGCACCUGCAGCGGCCGGUACCAGAACCACACCUUCAUCCGGGAAAGAACACAACCGUCAAAGGUGCAGAACCCCACGGCGACCCACGGUGCUCGGGACGACUACUUAAAGGUUUACUGGCGUCACGCUGCCGGAGACUUUGACCUGUACCAGGUGUUCAUCAAACACAACAACACGUUCCUGCAAAACAAGACGGUGCGGAAGACCCAGAGUGAGUGUGUGUUCACGGGCCUGGUACCGGGCAGGCUCUACACAGUGCUGGUGAACACCUGGAGCGGACUGUAUGAAGCCAGUGCCUCCACACAUGGCCGAACCUUCCCGGCAGCGGUCCGGUCCCUGGUUCUGGCAGGUCAGGGGACAGAGGAGCUGCGGGUGACGUGGUCCGCAGCUCCGGGCGACGUGGAUCACUACGAGGUCCAGCUGCUGUUCAGCGAUAUGAAGGUGUUUCCUCCUAUCACUCUGGGCAGCGGCGUGGGAGAGUGCAUCCUGUCGUCGCUCACACCUGGACGGCUUUACAAGAUCCUGGUGUCCACCUACAGCGGUCCGAAUCAGAAGGCCCAGCACAUCGAGGGCCGCACAGUUCCCAGCAGGGUGAAGAACAUCCAUGUCAGUGGGGACAGCAGCAGCCUAAAGGUGAGCUGGACUCCUGGGCCAGGUGACGUGGACGAGUUCUUGGUGUUCCUCUACAGAGCAAGCCGAGAGCCGAUUGUCCGAAAUGUCCUAAAGCACCAGAAUGAGGUGACAUUCGACUGGCUGCAGCCGGGUCAGAUGUACACCGUGGUGGUCCAGUCCAUGAGUGGAGAGCUGCUGAACAACAACACUGCUGCAGGACGCACAGUCCCGUUAGCGGUCACAGGCCUGCAGGUGGACCCGGUCCUGAGCACCUGCAGCCUCCAGGUGAGCUGGCAGGAAGCGCUGGGUUUGGCAGAUGGAUACAUCCUGCAGGUUCUGGAUGACAGAGGCAGCCUGGUCACCAAUGCCACACAGCCCUUUGGACUCAACAGCUACAGGUUUGAUGGCCUUAUGCCGGGGAAGAAGUACCGAAUCCUGGUCCAGACCACCAGCGGGGGGGUCCUCAGCCUGGGCGUCAGCACCGAGGCUCGAACACGCCCCGCCUCCAUCACGGACCUGUCCAUCAGAACCAGUACCACCAGCAGCCUGACCUUCCACUGGUCUCCUCCUGAGGGAGACUUCCAGUUUUAUGAAGUCUUUCUGUAUAAAAGUGAUGAGUCGCUGCAGGAGAGCCGGCGGGUCCAACCCAAUGUUCAGCUGUGCUCCUUCCAGGGUCUCAGACCUGGAGCCCCAUACAGGGUGGUGAUCCUGAUCCACAGUGGAGACCAGACCAACCAGACGCUUAUGUGGGCCAGGACAGUCCCAGCAGCAGUGGCGUCUCUGAAGGCUCGGAGUGGAAACCGGUCUGAUGUUCUGUGGGUGGACUGGGACCGGGGUGAUGGUGAUGUGAGUGGAUACCUGCUGUCGCUCUACAACCCUGACGGUUCCCGGCAGGCUAAGCAUCAACUGGGCUCAGAGGCCACAAGGUUCAUCUUCUCGGACCUCGUACCUGGCCGACAGUACCGAGCCGAGGUUCUGAGUCUGAGCGGAGAGCUCCACAACCAGGCCAGCACCGUCGGCCGGACAGCUCCAAAACCUCCUACGUCAUUCCUGUUCGGUGGGGUCACCAACACCUCGCUGGAGAUCACCUGGAGCGGUCCUGUAGAUUCUGAUUAUGACGACUUUGACCUGAAGUGGACUCCUCGGGACCGGCUCACAGUCAUCAACCCGUACCACAGCCGAACGUCCAGGAGCCGUAUCCUGAAAGGGAUGUUCCCCGGACGACUGUACACCUUCAGCCUACGCACCGUCAGUGGGGCCAUGCAGCCUGGGGGCACGCCCACCUACAGCGACCCGAUUCUCAACAGCAUCAGAACCAAACCGGAGCGAGUCCACAGCCUUCACUGCCACCCUCAGAGCUCCACCUCCAUCUCCUGCUCCUGGGGGCCUCCAGAGGCCGACUUCGACUCCUACUCCAUCGAGUGCCUCCACCAGGAAUCCCACACUCUGGUCUACUCACGACGCACUGGGCGAGAUUCUACCAGUUACAUCAUCACGCAGCUGGAGCCCCACAAACUCUAUGCCAUCGCCGUGAAGGUCAUUUCUGACGGGUCCACCAGUGAGGCGGCGGAGGACAGCGUGGUCACCAUGAUUGACUGUCCACCUAGACCCCCUGUCAGUACCCGGGUCAGUGAAAAGUCUGCUGUGGUCACCAAAUCAUCCAUCGUGUUCCAGUUUAACUGCAGCUGGUUCAGUGAUGUCAAUGGAGCUGUCAGUUUCUUCGCCGUGGUUGUGACCGAGUCUGAAGGUGUCGACGACAUGCACCCGGACCAGCAGCACCCCCUGCCCUCAUACCCAGACUACAGGUCCAACAGCUCCAUCAAGUCCUACCAGACCAGCUACUUUGCCAGCCGCUGCUCUGAUGGUCCUGACAGUGGCACCUACAUCUACAACAUCAGCCUGGGGACAGGGAUGGACCUGCUGGGGGGGCCCUGUGACCACAGAGACCAGAAUCAUCCAGAGUCUGGCAAGGAACUGAACAACUUCUGUGAUGGACCACUUAAAUCCAAGACCUCCUACAGGAUCAGCGUCAGAGCGUUCACUCAGCUGUUUGACAGAGAAACCACAGACUCAAAGUCCUGGUCUCCUUUGUUCACCGACACCUUCCUGUCUCCACCAGUCCUCACAGAAACGGAACCGCUGAGUGGCGUCAUCGAAGGCAUCAGCGCCGGACUCUUCCUCAUCGCCAUGAUGGUGGCGAUCACGGCUCUGCUGCUCUGCAGGCACAGGGCUCGCAAACAGGUGGAGGUUGAGUCUGCAGUCAGGAGGAGUGUAAGGAGAGAGAGAUCAGCUGCAGGAGUCCAGCUGGGCGUCAGAGGCAGCAGAAGAAUCUCCAGUCCCAUCAAGCUCAUGAACUUUGAGUCGCACUACAACAAACUGCUGGCUGACUCCAACUACCUGCUGUCAGAGGAGGGAAUAACUUCCGUCGGGAAUACAUCGCCACCCAGGGCCCUCUGCCGGGAACAAAGGAUGAUUUCUGGAAGAUGGUUUGGGAGCAGAACGUCCACAACGUGGUGAUGGUCACCCAGUGUGUGGAGAAAGGCCGGGUGAAGUGUGAUCACUACUGGCCCUUUGAUCAGGAUCCUCUGUACUACGGAGACCUGAUAGUCCAGAUGCUGUCAGAGUCGGUUCUGCCAGAGUGGACGAUCCGGGAGUUCAGAAUCUGCAGCGAGGAGCAGCUGAGCUUCAGCCGCCUUGUUCGGCAGUUUCACUACACAGUCUGGCCCGACCAUGGAGUCCCAGAGAACACCCGGUCUCUCAUCCAGUUCGUCCGAACAGUCCGAGACUACAUCAACAGGACUCCUGGUUCUGGUCCCACCGUGGUCCACUGCAGUGCCGGCGUGGGCCGCACCGGAACCUUCAUCGUCUUGGAUCGAGUCCUGCAGCAACUCGACAACAGGGAUGCGCUAGACAUCUACGGCGCCGUUUUUGACCUGCGGCUGCAUCGAUCGCACAUGGUGCAAACUGAGGGUCAGUACCUGUACCUGCACCAGUGUGUCCGGGACGUCCUGAGAGCCCGGAAGCUGCGCAGCGAGCAGGAAAACCACCCGGUCCUCCUGAGAAUGUGAAGUCCCGGCAGGAGGUGAGUCACCCUGCAUCUCAUCAGCCACCAGCAGAUCUGCCCAUCACAAGUAUCAACAAAGAGACGCUGCGAUCGUACCGACUGCAGAGAGACGACAGAGAAACAACAAUUUAUUUUUUUAUCAGUGUUUAUAUUUUAAUCUGCAGAUAAUUUAUGUAGCAUGUGACCCAUGUGUGUGUCUGUUGUUGUACACGAUGUUUCUGCUGUUUCAUGAGACUGAACAGUUUGAUCGGCUCCGAUCAAUAUAGCAGGACCGAAUCGUCGUCUAACACAUGAGGAGGAACAGCAGCUCCUGUAUGUUACCUGUUGUUCUACCUGUACCUGUCUGUCUGUUAACAUUAAACACACAACACCUGUACAACACA